UGACAACUUGACAGUACGAAACGUCACUAAUAAACAUUUUCAAGUCUUUAAUCGAAAAGAUGUGGUAAAUUAGUGCAAUAAGUAAUUAAAUAGAACGCGUAUUUCGUUUACUUUCGGUGAUUUUUGUUAAUGUGAUUUUAGUUGUUAGGUUAAGGUGCUAGCAUGAGCGGAAAACGGCUCAAUAUUUAGGUUUUACACGUCACAAGAAAAUGUAUCGUACGAAAAGCUCUACUAGCUUCGAAUUUAACUGAGUUUUUCAUAGAAUUUAAAAUGCAAUCGAACUCGAAAACUAAGGAGAUGUUUAUAUUAAGGGCCUUGGAAAAAAUUUUAAACGACAAGGAAAUAAAACGUUCGCACCAUUCACAGCUUAAAAGGGCUUGUGAAGUUGCUUUAGAACAAAUUAAAACGGAAACAAAUGAACCUAAUGGGGAAAACAAAAUAUCAGAUGCUUUGCCUUUGCCAAUAAGUGGCGAGGCAAAUGUGUUGACAACCGAAAAGUAUUUUUUGCCAUUCGAAUUGGCUUGCCAAAGCAAAUCAGCUAGAAUUGUGGUAACUGCUUUGGAUUGUUUACAAAAGUUAAUUGCAUAUGGACAUCUUACGGCAAAUGUACCAGAUUCGACGACCCCAGGAAAAUUACUGAUCGAUAGGAUUGUUGAAACAAUCUGUUCCUGUUUUACUGGACCCCAAACAGAUGAAGGUGUUCAACUGCAAAUUAUCAAGGCACUGCUCACAGUUGUUACGAGUCAGCAUGUGGAGGUGCACGAGGGCACUGUGCUUAUGGCAGUGCGCACCUGUUACAACAUUUUUCUCGCCAGUAAAAACCUCAUCAAUCAGACAACCGCCAGAGCCACCUUAACGCAAAUGCUUAACGUCAUUUUCGUGCGGAUGGAAAAUCAAGCUAUCGAGGCCGAAGUGUCCGCGGAAAUUAACGAUUCGAGAUUGUCAAAUGGUUCGGAUGUAAAAUCUGUGAAAUCCCUGAAAGUCGACGUGGACGUGAAAAAAGAUUUGGAAGGUUCUGAAAUUGUUGCUAAAGAUGUUUUAGAAGGGAUUUUGGAUAAUGUUAUGUUGGAAGUUGAAAGUAAAAACGACUCUGGACAAAGUGAUGUCAAUGAAGGCAGUAUAACGUCGUCCAUCACAAGGAUUCCAUCGCAGGAAAGCCUGGAGACGCCAAGCGAAAUCGAUUCGGCGGUUACAGCAAAAUUCACACACAUUUUACAGAAGGACGCGUUUCUGGUGUUCCGCGCCCUCUGCAAGUUAUCCAUGAAACCACUGCCCGAGGGAACCCCCGACCCGAAAUCGCACGAACUACGCUCGAAAAUAUUAUCCUUGCAACUUUUACUGUCCAUCCUGCAAAACGCCGGGCCCGUUUUCAGGUCGAACGAAAUGUUUAUAACCGCGAUAAAACAGUAUUUGUGCGUGGCACUGUCCAAAAAUGGAGUCAGCUCGAUACCGAAGAUCUUCGAGUUGUCCUUGGCUAUUUUCCUCGCGCUCCUGUCGAACUUCAAGCUGCAUUUGAAGAUGCAGAUCGAGGUUUUCUUCAAGGAGAUAUUCUUGAAUAUCCUGGAGACGUCCAAUUCUUCUUUCGAACACAAAUGGAUGGUUAUACAGGCGUUGACGAGGAUUUGCAGCGAUGCCCAGAGCGUUGUGGAUAUUUACGUGAAUUAUGACUGUGAUUUGGCUGCUGCGAACUUAUUUGAACGAUUGGUGAAUGAUUUAUUUAAGGUUGCCCAAGGUAGGCACGCUUUGGAACUGGGUGCAUCGCCUAACCAGGAAAAAGCAAUGAAAAUUCGAGGUUUGGAAUGUCUCGUGUCGAUCCUAAAGUGCAUGGUGGAGUGGAGCAAGGAUCUCUACGUGAACCCUAACCUACAAUCCACUGUUGGCGAACAAGAACCCAAGGAAACGAACGAUACGGGUUCCUUAAAAUCGCACGGAGGUUCUUCUAACAGUCUUCAUUCCGCCGAGAGUAUAAAUAAGGAGGUUUUCGAUUCGCCCGAGCAGCUUGAGGUGCUUAAACAACAAAAAGAGGUUUGGGAGACUGGUAUAGACAUGUUCAACAGAAAAUCUAAAAAAGGUAUCGCUUACCUUCAAGAGCACGGUCUUCUGGGAACCACACACGAAGAAAUCGCAAAAUUUCUUCACGAUGAAGAUCGACUAGAUAAAACCAACAUUGGAGAUUUCCUAGGGGAAAAUGAUGAUCUCUGCAAGGAAGUUAUGUACACUUACAUCGACCAGAUGAACUUUGUGCAAAUGGACUUUGUGGCUGCUUUAAGGCACUUCUUGGAUGGGUUCAGAUUGCCUGGAGAAGCGCAGAAAAUUGACCGGUUGAUGGAAAAGUUUGCAAGUAGAUAUUGCGAAUGCAACCCAAACAACGGAUUAUUCGCCAGCGCAGACACCGCUUACGUUUUAGGCUUUUCUAUUAUUAUGUUAACAACGGAUUUGCACUCCCCGCAAGUAAAAAAUAAAAUGACAAAAGAGCAAUACAUCAAACUAAACCGCGGCAACACCGAAAGCAAAGACGUACCGGAGGAAUAUCUAUCGCAAAUCUACGACGAAAUAGCGGGCCACGAGAUCAAAAUGAAGAACGUCGUCAACAAACCGGGAAAGCAGCAGAUAAACAGCGAAAAGCGCAGGAAGAUUUUGUUCAACAUGGAAAUGGAGGCGAUUUCCAGCGCGGCCAAGAACCUCAUGGAGUCCGUGUCGCACGUGCAAGCCCCGUUCACACUCGCCAAACAUUUGGAGCACGUCAGGCCGAUGUUCAAAAUGGCGUGGACGUCCUUCUUGGCGGCUUUUAGCGUGGGUCUGCAGGAUUGCGGCGACGACACCGAAGUGGCUACGUUGUGUUUGAACGGCAUCCGUUGCGCCAUUAGGACUGCCUGCAUAUUCCACAUGUCGCUAGAGAGAGAUGCUUAUGUCCAGGCUUUAGCAAGAUUCACCCUACUGACAGCUAAUUCCCCUAUAAUGGACAUGAAAGCGAAAAACAUCGAUACCAUUAAAACUUUGAUUAUGGUCGCCCAUACUGACGGUAACUAUUUGGGAAAGAGUUGGUUGGAUAUACUGAAGUGCAUAUCUCAGCUGGAGUUGGCGCAGUUCAUCGGUACCGGCGUCAGACCGGAGUUUUUGUCCGGGCCAGGUCACAAACCCCCGGAUCCAAGUUCCAAGGAGCACAUAGGCCAGACCUCGUCUCAAAGUGUGGUAGUGGCGGUGGACAGAAUUUUCACCGGUUCAACGAGACUCGACGGUGAUGCCAUAGUGGACUUCGUUAGAGCGCUAUGCCAAGUUUCUUUGGACGAGUUGGCUCACCCCGGACAUCCGAGAAUGUUCUCCCUCCAGAAAAUCGUCGAGAUUUCCUACUACAACAUGGGCAGAAUUCGUCUGCAAUGGUCGAGAAUUUGGCAGGUGCUCGGCGAACAUUUCAACGCAGUCGGCAGCAACCCCAACGAAGACAUUUGCUUCUUCGCCGUCGACAGUCUCCGGCAACUAUCGAUGAAGUUCAUCGAGAAAGGCGAGUUUUCGAACUUCAGAUUCCAAAAAGAUUUCCUCCGUCCGUUCGAGCAUAUCAUGAAGAAGAGCGUGUCGCCCACCAUAAGGGACAUGGUGGUGAGGUGCGUGGCCCAGAUGGUCAACUCGCAAGCCAACAACAUCAAGUCGGGUUGGAAGAACAUUUUCUCGGUGUUCCACCUGGCCGCGUCGGAUCGAGAGGAGGCCAUAGUGGAACUGGCCUUCCAAACGACGGGAAAGAUCAUCACGGAUCUCUACGCGAAGCAGUUCGCCGCGAUGAUAGACUCCUUCCAGGACGCCGUCAAGUGCCUGUCGGAGUUCGCGUGCAACGCCCGCUUCCCCGACACCAGCAUGGAGGCGAUCCGAUUGGUGCGCUCGUGCGCGCACAGCGUCAGCCAAUCGCCGCAGCUGUUCGCGGACCACGCGGGCAUGGAGAACGACGUGGCGGUGGCCGAGGCGGAUCGAGUCUGGGUGCGCGGCUGGUUCCCGCUUCUGUUCUCGCUCUCGUGCGUCGUGAACCGAUGCAAGCUCGACGUGAGGACUCGCGCCCUCACCGUCCUCUUCGAGAUAAUCAAAACUUACGGGGACUCGUUCCAUCCGAACUGGUGGAAGGAUCUUUUCAAGGUGCUGUUCAGGAUUUUCGAUAACAUGAAGUUGCCCGAGAAGCAAACGGAGAAAGCCGAGUGGAUGACCACUACCUGCAACCACGCCCUCUACGCCAUCGUGGAUGUUUUCACGCAGUACUUUGACGUUUUGGGGCCGUUGUUGCUAGAGGAGUUUUAUUCAAGGCUUCACUGGUGUGUACAACAAGAUAACGAGCAAUUAGCAAGAUCUGGAACUAAUUGUUUGGAAAAUUUGGUCAACUCAAACGGUCAAAAGUUCGACGAGGAAACAUGGGAAAAAACCUGCCAAUGCAUGUUGGAUAUUUUCGAUUCAACGAUACCAAACGCUUUGUUAACAUGGAAACCCGACUCCAUGAAAACUGUGGCCAUAAUCGAGCAAAAUGGGGAUGUGAACCCCAACAAAGGUAUUUUAAAACGUCCAAGCAUCCAAGACAACUCAAAUCCGGAUUCAUGUCUCUUCAACGGCUUGACAAUCAAGUGUGCCGUUCAAUUGGAACUCAUACAAACCAUAGACAACAUUGUUUUUUAUCCGGCAACGUCGCGGAAAGAAGACGCCGAAACUUUGGCGCUGGCUGCGGCCGAUAUGGCCGGUAAUGGCGGACUAGCCGAGUGUCAACGCGAAGAACAAGGGAUGUACCGGUUACUGACGUCACCCCAUCUUAUGCAGCUCGCAGAGUGUUUACUGCAAUCGCAUCGAUUUGCAAAGGCGUUCAACCUAAACCACGACCAAAGAAAUCUACUUUGGAAAGCGGGGUACAAAGGAUCAAUAAAACCGAACCUGCUAAAGCAAGAAACGCAAAGUUUGGCCUGUUUGUUGAGGAUUUUAUUUAAAAUGUACGGCGACGAAAGCCGCGAACAACACUGGCCAUCCAUCGAAACUAAACUAAUAGCCGUGUGCCAAGAAGCGUUGGAUUAUUUCUUGAAGCUGCAAAGCGAGUCCCACAGGGAAGCCUGGACUUCUUUGUUGCUGUUGGUCUUGACUAGGUUGCUGAAAAUGACUGAUAAAAGGCUCUCUAGAGAGGUAGAAACUCGACCCUGUCGAAUGGUGCAGUCAUUUAUGUCUCUAGAAAUUAUUAAAAAAGGGUUCAGUCCAAUGGUGCAGCAACUUCGGAUUCCUAUUCUCUUCAGAGACAUAGAAACUCAAGCUUUUCGAAUUUUACUGGCAAUGAUUUUCGCUAAUGUCAGCGCAAGGCAAUAUCGCAACGGUUUCGACUUCUCUUUACUCUACCAAGUUAUAGAAACUGGAGUCUCUCUAAUACUAUUCUAG